AAAAAUAUAAAAAUUAGCCGGCCGUGGUAGCAGGCGCCUGUAAUCACAGCUACUCGGGAGGCUGAGGCAGGGGAAUCGCUUGAACUGGGAGGCGGAGGUUGCAGUUAGCCUUGGCACUCCAUCCAGCCUGAGCAACAAGAGAGAAACUCCGUCUCAAAAAAAAAAAAAAGUUUCCCGAGCAAUUCACGUUUUCGUACAUCGGGGCAGGGUACGCCAUUUCCUGGGAGGCACAGGAGUUUGUGGUUGGGAAUAGGUAAGGCUCCUUGUGACCCCUAGAAAGACAAGCCUCCAGGCUAACCCAGUAACACCCUCGUCAGGAGUCCUUCACGGCCGCCGGAGGGCGCAAGGAGCUGCGGCUGGAAGUACUCGGAGCGCCGGCGGAAAAGGCGCGCGGAGCCCGUAGCUCGCAGCGCGCGCUGGAGGUGGGCGCGGGGCGGUGCCGCGGCGGCGAAGGGAGCCGCGAUGGAGGGCGCUCCGACUGUCCGCCAGGUGAUGAAUGAAAGGGAUUCAAGCCUUGCCGCUGAGUUACAGGAAGAUGUAGAGGAAAAUCUUAGUCCAACUGUGGAAGAGAAUAAUGUGGUAGCUAAAAAACAGGGGCCAAAUUUACAUAAUUGGAGUGGUGACUGGAGCUUUUGGAUUUCAAGUUCCACCUAUAAAGACAGGAAUGAGGAAUACAGAAGACAGUUCACACAUCUACCUGAUACAGAGAGGCUGAUAGCAGAUUAUGCUUGUGCUCUUCAGAGGGACAUUUUGCUUCAGGGACGACUAUACCUUUCAGAAAACUGGCUAUGUUUCUAUAGCAACAUCUUCAGAUGGGAAACUACAAUUUCUAUUGCUUUAAAGAAUAUAACCUUCAUGACCAAGGAGAAAACUGCUCGACUCAUCCCAAAUGCUAUCCAGAUAGUUACAGAAAGUGAAAAGUUUUUCUUCACAUCUUUUGGUGCCAGGGAUAGAAGUUACCUCAGUAUCUUUAGGUUGUGGCAGAAUGUAUUAUUAGAUAAGAGCCUGAGUAGACAGGAGUUCCGGCAACUGCUCCAGCAGAACUAUGGCCCUGAGCUAGGUUUCAGUGCUGAGGAGAUGGAGAACUUGUCACUGGCGAUUGAGGAUGUGCAGCCAAGAAGUCCAGGAAGAAGCAGCUUGGAUGACUCUGGGGAGAGAGAUGAAAAAUUAUCCAAGUCAAUCAGUUUUACCAGUGAAUCAAUUAGUCGGGUUUCAGAAACAGAGUUAUUCGAUGGAAAUUCAUCAAAAGGAGGAUUAGGCAAAGAGGAGUCCCAAAAUGAAAAACAGACCAAAAAGAGUCUCUUACCAGCUUUGGAAAAGAAGUUAACUAGAGUGCCAUCGAAGUCACUGGACUUGAAUAAAAAUGAGUAUCUUUCUCUGGACAAAAGCAGCACUUCAGAUUCUGUUGAUGAAGAAAAUGUUUCUGAGAAAGAUCUUCAUGGAAGACUUUUCAUCAACCGUGUUUUUCAUAUCAGUGCUGACAGAAUGUUUGAAUUGCUUUUUACCAGUUCACGCUUUAUGCAGAAGUUUGCCAGUUCUAGAAAUAUAAUAGAUGUAGUAUCUACCCCUUGGACUGCAGAACUUGGAGGUGACCAGCUGAGAACCAUGACCUACACUAUAGUCCUUAAUAGUCCACUUACUGGAAAAUGCACCACUGCCACUGAAAAGCAGACACUGUAUAAAGAAAGUCAGGAAGCACGGUUUUAUUUGGUAGAUUCAGAAGUACUGACACAUGAUGUCCCCUACCAUGAUUACUUCUAUACCGUGAACAGAUACUGUAUCAUCCGAUCUUCAAAACAGAAGUGCAGGCUAAGAGUUUCCACAGAUGUGAAAUAUAGAAAACAGCCAUGGGGCCUUGUCAAAUCUUUAAUUGAAAAGAAUUCCUGGAGUUCUUUGGAGGACUAUUUCAAACAGCUUGAAUCAGAUUUGUUAAUUGAAGAAUCUAUGUUAAAUCAGGCCAUUGAAGACCCUGGAAAACUUACUGGCCUACGAAGGAGAAGGCGAGCAUUCAACCGAACAGCAGAAACAGUUCCUAAACUUUCUUCCCAGCAUUCCUCCGGACAUGUGGGCUUAGGUGCCAAAGGGGAUAUUACAGGAAAGAAAAAGGACAUGGAAAACUAUAACGUCACUCUUAUUGUGGUGAUGAGUAUUUUUGUGGUGUUGUUAGUUUUGUUGAAUGUGACACUGUUUCUGAAGCUGUCAAAGAUAGAACAUGCUGCUCAGUCCUUCUACCGUCUCCGCCUCCAAGAAGAGAAAUCUUUAAAUUUAGCCUCUGAUAUGGUGUCAAGAGCAGAAAAUAUUCAGAAGAAUAAAGAUCAGGCCCAUCGUUUAAAGGGAGUGCUCCGAGACUCCAUAGUGAUGCUUGAACAGCUGAAGAGCUCACUCAUUAUGCUUCAGAAAACAUUUGAUCUACUAAAUAAGAAUAAGACUGGCAUGGCUGUUGAAAGCUAGUGAUCUGAAGGACUAAAACCACAGAGCUACUUGGAACUAAAAGAAAAUACCUGGAAGAAAACUAGACGAAGGAAGGAUUUUGGCAUAGAACAUUUCUAUGUUUUUUCAUUAUUGAGAUUUCUAAUAUGAACAUUUCUUUCAGUAACAUUUAUUUGAUAAUUAGUUUCUGCUGGCCUUAAGAAUCCAUCUUUCACUUCUUACAGAUAUUUUUAAGCUGUGAGUUUCUUCAGUGAACCAUGAAGUAUAUUGGAGAACUGAAUUUCUCUGAUAAAAAAAGAAAGUGACACACCCUGAACGGAGUGGUAUGGUCUCGUUUCUACAGUGAAGUCUGAUGCUUUGUUAGCACAUUGUACAGGUCCAAUAGGCUGCUUUCAUAACUGAGAUAAGACCAAGAGGAUAAAGAGGACAAUAUAGGAAACCUCUAUGUCAUUACUGAUUUUAAAAGUCCUGUUUUCAGACAUAUAACAUUUCCAGGUUUGUGUACUGUAAAUAUUAUAAUGUCUUCAUUUAUUUAGCAUGCAAAUUUAAUAGUCAUACUUUUUGAAUCUGCAUGUUGAUGAUGAUUAUCAGAAAGGAUCUUCCGCCAUGUUGUAUCUUUAUGAAAGAAAUAGUUGUUUUUUCUUAAGGUAACUAUCAGAGGUGGGAUUAUCUUGCCUCCUCAUGUAGGAUACCAAGAGUCAAAAGGAAGAACCAUCCUCUGAGUUUUAAAAACCAGAAGGUUAUGUUAAAAUCUGGGCAUUCAGUGACAGAUCGAAUGCCUACUUGAACAAAGAUUGGCUUCAGCUUAGCAGUCUUUCAUGGUGGAAGCGACCCAUCUGGUUGAAAAUAAUUUGUGUACCUUCAGUGACCAUGUAUGGCUUCCUUCUUUAUGUAUGUGUGUGACUUGUUUUGGUUGGUAAGUUAUAAGUCAGACAUAAACUUUAGCUCUUUAAUAAAACCUUCUGGGGCACGUAUGUCCCAGUACAAGUCUACUGACUUUGAAGUUGUAACUCAGAUACAAGCUUUGGCUCUUUCAUAAAAAGUUUUUAUGCAUAUGUGUCUCCAUACAAGUGGCUCAUUAAAAUAAGAACUUUGUAAACUGACUUAAAAUCAGAUAUUUUUUCAAGAGUUAGGGAAAGUUGAAGUGUUUUACUGUUUUGUCUCGAGCCCUUUCUCUGGGGAAAAAAUACAUGUAUAUCUAUAUACAUAUAUAUGUAUAUAAUGUAUCUACAUUCUGUUUGAACAACUAUUGCCUUUAAUUAAAUGUUUCAUUUUCCCCCAGAGUCCCCAAAGCCACAUGGCAUUAUUAUAGUCAUUUUUGAGAUACCUGUAGAGAAUGAAAGUAUUGACUCCGUUAGAGGGAAAAUGGGUUUCUCUGGGUGAAUUCCAACUAAGCAUACCUAGGGGUAUCAGUGGGCCUACCUGGGUUUGUUUUGUUUUGGUAAGGAUUUAUGUAGUGUCUGGCUGUGAGCAAGAUGAAGAUUUCUCUGUUAAAGUCACAAAAAUGAUCGACAAACAAUAUUUUUGUGAUGUUUCUUUAAAAGUUGUAUUUUAUAACAUACCUCAAGGAAGAUUACCAAAGUAAGUUGCUUUAUUAAAUUAAGACUAAAUUCGUACGGAUGCAGAAUUCAGUUAAUAAAAUUUGAGCCUGUUAUGUAAAUUGAAUAUCAAUAAAAUAAAAAAUUUCUGAA